AUGCCGGAUAUGUUCUCCUGGCGCAUCGCAGCACAUCAUCCAGCUGUCGCAACGGUCCGGCGGAAUUCGAAGAUUUGGUUCAUUCGUACGGAAUUCACGGCCCGCGCUUCCUUUGACGAAGCAAAAUUACACGGGAGAAAUUGGAGGAAUGAUAGAGUUCGAGCAUUAGCAACGACAACGUCGGAUUCCACCGACGUAGUUCAGGAUUCGACAGGGCGCAAAGCGGAGAUUUAUACUUUGAUUGAUACGAUCCAUCAGCAUGAAGAUGAGCUUGCAGAGUUAUUGGAUGAUUUACUACCGUCCAAUUAUUUGGAUUAUAUCGUCGACACAAGAAGUUGGGGUAUGGACGAUGUGUUUAGCGGCACUAUCGGCCACAGGAAUUACGAAUCACUCGAAAAUAAAGUGCGAGGUGCUAGACAACAAUUUGGCGAAUACCUCCCAGAAGACCAUUUGAAUGAAGCGGAACUAGAGCUUUAUAAUCGACUUUAUGGCGAGGCUAUUAUGAGACCGGCCGAAUCGGAGGCAGUGAUUGACGAACGUGAGCCGGAUAUACUGUUGAGGGAUGAUGGAGAAGGAGGGUUUGAGGAGAUUGACGUUCCACCUGAAAAUGGUUUAGAGGAGGAGGAGGAGGAGAUCUCUGUGGCGUACGAAACGGAAGGUAUCUUGGACGAAGAUGAGGAUUCUUCUGCGUUUGACCGUGCGAAACAAGUCGCAGAGCGAUUGGGCGGUGUUUUGUUGGAAUCUGGAGCAGAAAUUGCAGAGGAAGAAGAAUCUGAAAGCGGCCCUAGAUUACACCCUUUGACAGAAGCUGGAAAAUACUCUACUAAUCCAAGGACUGUGUUCUUACCUCGAGACUCCGUGACUGGUCCGAUUUCAGUGAUUUUAUCCAACUACUCCAACAGACACAUCGCAGAAGCCGCUUAUAAAAUCUUUGGUGGCCGCCGACUCCCGCAUUCUACGACUACUUUGCCACCCAGUGCCCAAAUUGCUCAGGUACCAAUCCCACUCUCUGCAUCUCAGCACCAAAUGAGUGACAUGGAAGCAAAUGCGUACCUCGCUGCGCUCUACCCUGGCAUUUAUGCGUCGACCCUCAGCGUACUUGUCGAGGUUAGAAAGCGGCUUGGCGGUAAAUGGCUGCGAGAUUUGAUGGCGCAAGAAUCUGGACCUCGAGUUUUGGAUGCUGGUGGCUCCGGAGCGGGAAUCCUAGCCUGGAGGGAUGUUCUUCGGGCCGAGUACGAAACUAUGGUCCCUGAUCACCCGAAAGAUGCACCGAUUCCUACGGGUAAGUCUACCGUUCUAUCAGGAUCUGAUGCCCUGCAAUCACGGGCGAGCGUACUGUUAGACAAUACAACAUUUCUUCCUCGGCUCCCGGAUUAUGUUCAUGUACGUGAUAGCAGCACUCUAGACGACGACCGAGCACCGCCGAAAAGAAAGCAAUUUGAUGUGAUUAUCGCUCCUCACACUUUACUCGAGAUCGACGAGGAUUAUAUGCGUAAACAACACGUGAAGAAUUUAUGGACCAUGCUCAACCCCAACGGUGGCGUCUUGAUUCUGUUGGAAAAGGGUCGUCAAAAGGGAUUUGAGGCUAUAGCAGGUGCCCGUGAAAUGCUUCUUGAAAAGCACAUUUCAAGUUCCGGAUCAACCGAAUAUGAAAGCCUGACGGAGUCUGGUGAUCAAGGAUCUAUCCAAAAGGAAGCUGGUAUGAUUAUCGCUCCCUGCACAAACCAUGGGAAAUGCCCCAUGUAUCAUAUCCACGGACAUGCCAAGGGUCGAAGCGACUAUUGCCAUUUUGAGCAACGUUAUAUCCGUCCCCCAUUCCUACAGCGUAUUAUUGGAGCAAAAGAUCGCAACCACGAGGACGUUGAAUUUAGUUAUGUCGCUGUCCAGCGAGGCGUUGACUUGCGACAGACGGAAUCUGUCGUGCAGGGCAAAGCUGCUACAGACGCGGCCUUUGAAGGCUACGAAGAUAGCAUUUCCACGUCGGAAGAUGGAGAGACAGGACCCCCAUCUACUAGCACUGUCAAUCCCCUAUCACUUCCACGUACAGUGCUACCACCAAUGAAACGACGCGGCCACGUCAUCUUUGACUUUUGCACACCCGAAGGCAAAAUCGAACGAUGGACCGUGCCGCGCUCAUUCAGCCGUCAAGCAUACCACGAUGCCCGCAAAGCGCGCUGGGGCGAUCUCUGGGCCCUUGGAGCCAAGACGCGAGUUCCACGAAACCUCAAACUGGGCAGUGCAGCAAGCGCAGAAAGUAAAAAAGAGAGAUUACAACGUCGUGCAGCUAGUAAAAUGGCUGGGAUGGAUGGAGAAGAACAGGAAGCAGCGUUUAAUAUGAUGGAAGCAUCAGAGGAACGAAAGGUUGCUCCGGCGUUGGCUGAUGCGCUUGAAAAUCAGGCUAGGUCUCUGGAGCGGAGGAAGAAGGGACAUAAUAUUCCUAGUUGGAAGAGACAUGCUGAUAAGAAGCGGAUUCGACAGGCUGUGAGGAAGGUUUCUUCGAAUACAGCUGGGGAGGAUUUCAUCUAGUUGACGUAUUGUCAUCGACUGUAUGUCUAUGUAUCAUCAUAUUGUACAUUAACCGAAUACGACUCAAUCAUACCCAUAACAUUGUACAAUCCUGUUGCACAACUUGUUCUCGUGUUGGCCGCGUAGCUGCAUAUACUUAAGAUAGCCGCUU